AUGGUCGCCAUUCUUGCAGACAACCUCGCCGUGAGCGAUGGCCCUCUGACCGCAGAGAACGCCGCUCUGCUUCGCCCAUCCGACCCCUCCCUCCCACUCGAAGAACUUCGCAAGCGCUACGAAGAAGACGGAUACCUAUUUCUAAAGCAAAUCCUCCCCCGCGAAGACGUCCUCGACGCACGCAAUGCUUACUUCUCCUCCCUCGAGAAAACGGGCAUCCUAAAGCCCGGCAGCAAGCCCGUGGAAGGCAUCUUCGACCCAGCCAAGAGCCACCUAGAAUACCCCGGCAUUGGAGCCGGGCAUGUCGAUGGAAAUGGGCGGCCGGGAGGAGAUAAAGCAGCGCAGUUUGUCGACCUCGCCCUGGAUGCCCAUUAUCAAGAGUGGUAUGCGGAGAAAUUCUGCAACCACCCAGCCCUGUACGACUUCGUGUCCAGGUUCUCAGAUUGGGGCAAAAACACACUGAGCUUGCGUCGCACUUUACUGAGGAAUAACCUCCCCGGUUCGAAACCGAUCGGUGUUCACUAUGAUCAGAUCUUCCUGCGAUACGGUGAUCCGACUAGUGUGACUGCCUGGGUUCCGAUGGGCGAUAUCAAAAUUAAUGGUGGUGGGUUGAUUUAUCUGGAAGACGGUGAUAAGAUCGGAAUGGAACAGGAGCAAGCAUUCUUCAAAAAAGCCAAGGAGGCGGGUUUGAGCGAUGAGGAGGCCAAGUCGGCUUUUAACUCCAAUAUGAUGGCGACUGGAUUGCUGUCUGAAACGCCUGCUGAAUUCGCCCGCGAUCAUGGACGCCGUUGGUUGGUGUCUGCCUAUGAGGCGGGCGAUGUCGUUUUGCAUAAGCCGCACAUGAUUCACGCUUCUGGUAUCAACCAUGACCCCGAGAAUGUAAUUCGUCUCGCGACGGAUCUGCGUUUCUGCGAUUCUUCAAAGCCGUUUGACAAGAGGUGGAUGAAUCACUACACUUUCAAUGACGGUGUUUAG